UGCUCCCCUGCUUAUGGGUUUCCUUCCUUCUGUGCAGACCGCUAGGGCAAUAGGAGCUGCUGCCACCGGCCAGGGCCAUGGCCACCGCGCCAGGGGAGCGGCUGCGAGAAGAGGCUCGGUGCUCAGUGUGCCUGGACUUCCUGCAGGAGCCCAUAAGUGUGGAUUGCGGCCACAGCUUCUGCCUGCGGUGCAUCUCCGAGUUUUGCGAGAAGUCGGACAGCGCUCAGGGCGGCGUCUACGCCUGUCCCCAGUGCAGGAGUCCCUUCAGGCCCGCCAGCUUCAGGCCCAAUCGGCAGCUGGCCAGUCUGGUGGACAGCGUGAGGCAGCUGGGGUUGGGUGCAGGACACCCCGGGACGCGCCAGUGCGCGCGGCACGGCGAGGACCUGAGCCGCUUCUGCGAGGAGGACCAGACGAUGAUAUGUUGGGUCUGUGACACUAGCCCCGAACACCGGAGCCACCACACUGAACCGCUGCAGGAGGCUGCCAGCCGCUACCAGAGGAUGCUCCAAGCCGCUUUGGAACUUGUGAGGAAGGAAAUGGAGGAGGCUCUGAUGCAGGAGACCAACGUGGGGAAGAAGACUGUCAUUUGGAAGGAGAAAGUGGAGACGCAGAGACAGCGUUUCAGGCUGGAGUUUGAGAAACACAGGGGUUUUCUGGCCCAGGAGGAACAGCUGCAGCUGAGGCGGCUGGAAGAGGAGGAGCGAGCAACCCUGCAGAGGCUGCGUGACUGUCGGAACAGGCUGGUCCAACAGAACAAGGCCCUGAAGGAGCUGGCUGAAGAGCUACAGGAGAGGAGCCAGCGGCCAGCCCUGGGACUGCUGGAGGGAGUAAGAGGAGUCUUGACCCGAAGCAAAGCUGUCGCACGGCUGGAACCAGAGGCCAUCCCCUUGGAGCUGAAGACGGUGUGCCGCAUCCCCGGGAUGAGGGAGAUGCUGAAGAAAUUCCAAGUGGACGUGAAGCUGGAUCCCGCCACUGCGCACCCCAGCCUGCUCCUGACGGCCGACCUACGCAGUGUGCAGGACGCUGAGGUCUGGAGGGACGUCCCAAGUAACCCUGAACGCUUUGAUAUCUGGCCCUGCAUCCUGGGCCUGCAGGGCUUCUCCUCUGGAAGACACUACUGGGAAGUCAUCGUGGGGGAAAAGGCAGAGUGGGGGCUAGGGGUAUGCCAAGACUCGCUGCCCAGAAAGGGGGAAACCACACCAUCUCCAGAGAACGGCGUCUGGGCCAUGUGGCUGCUGAGGGGAAGCGAGUACAUGGUCCUGGCCUCUCCCUCCGUGCCUGUGCUCCAAGAUGAACGACCUCGCCGCAUCGGGAUCUUUCUGGACUACGAAGCAGGCGAAAUCUCCUUCUACAACAUCACAAACGGGUCUUACAUCUACACAUUCAGCCAUCUCUUCUCCGGCAUUCUCAGGCCCUACUUUUUUGUCUGUGACACGACCCCUCUUAUCUUACCACCCAUGGCAGAAGCAGGGCCUGGAAACUGGACCCCCAGGGGUCUCCUUGAUCUCGCUGCUGCUGUUAGAAGUGAGGAACACUGAAACCAUCCGGAAGUGCUGUGCUUCACAGUGGUCCUGGACGGAUGGGGAGCAUGGCUGUGCCCUGCUUCAACAAGCCACACCAAUGCCAGCUCUGCAGGCCUGUUCUGUGGAAACUCUCCCAUGGGGGCUAAGGAGUAGAUCCCUGGUGGUUCACGUGCUGAGGAACCAUGUGCAGUGAAUGACUUCGAAAAGGCGGCAGGCUCAUCAAACUCCGCUGCCAGAUGUCUCGUCUUCCCUUGGUGCAUUUUCACAGUAAUAAGCUAGAAUUACAUGAGAUUGUCCUUUCAUCCUCAACAUGCUGCAUAAUGGGAUGUAGAAGUAUCAAUUCUACUUGUUUCUGUUUGUUUUGUUUUUGAGACACAGUCUUCCUGUCUAGCCAAGGUUCUCCCCCAACUCUUGCCUCAGUGUCCUGGGCGCAGGUAUGUGCCACGAUGCUUGGCUGAGAAAUGAGAUUGCUUCAAAAUCAACUGAUAUUAUUCCAGUGAGACCCAUAAUUCUGAAUCUUUUCUGCUUUUCCUUUCUUGAUUUCAUUCUCUCUCUUUCGUUGGAUGUGUCAUCCUACUUAGUCUACAGUUCCUUCUAGAUUAAUAGGUUCAGAAUCAUUCCUUUCUAUGUUUGCAUUUCCUAGCACUACAGUCGAUUACUUUCCAUCUUUUCUGUUUUUUUAAGAUUUUAUUUUUAUGUAUAUAUGCAUAUAUGCCUCUGUGUGUGUGUGUGUGUGUGUGUGUGUGUGUGUGUGUGUGUGUGUGUGUGCUACAUCAGUGCAAGUGCCGGCAGAGCCCAGAAGAGGGCGUCAGAUCCCUGCAGCUGGCAUUACGGUCAGUUGUGAGCUGCCCAGCAUGGGUGCUGGGAACGGAACUCCGGUCCUCCAGAGCAGCAAGAAGUUUUAACCACUGAGCCAUCUUUCCAGCCCCCGAACUCUUUAUUUUGGAAGCAGUUCUCAAUUAUUUUGAAGUUCAUUACUCUAAAUCCAACAUCACUGAUUCCUAGACCUCCCCUUUUGUCUUUGGAUUCAGUGUUUAUUUUAAAAUAUUUUAAAUGUUUUUUUUUAAGAUUUGCUUGUUUUA